AUGGGUGGCUGUACAGCAAUUAACUGCAAUAACAGUGACAAAAAAGGAUUUAGGAUGUUUAACUAUCCUACUAAUGAAGAGAGGAGAAAAAGAUGGUUGUUGAAUACUCGGAGAGAUGAAUUUAACCCUUCAAAAAGUUCACAACUAUGUGAGCUUCAUUUUGAAGAAAGUCAAUUUGAAAAAAACCGUGCUGAUGGUUGGAAGAAAUUGAAACCGAAUGCUGUUCCAACAUUGUUCAAUGUCCCCAAUCCACCACUAAAAUUUGACACAAACAGACAGUCAAAAUAUAAAAGUACAAAUCGUGUACUUAAAAAUAUCCAAAAUGAAAAUAUUCCUGCAUUAGAAAACAUUAGUGAGCCUAUUUCAGAAGAAUUACUAUGUGAUCAGUGUUCAUCACAUAAAAAAAUGAUUGAAGAAUUACAAGUUGAAAUAAAACGACUUCAAGAAGAAGUGUCAAGUCGACAAAAAGCAGUAGAUAGCAUUAAAAGUUUUAUAAGUGACGAGCAGCUAAAAUCAUUGGAAAACCCGAUCAGGAAAUGGAAUAAAGAAACAAUUAUUAAAUCUCUUAAAUUAAGAUAUGCACUUGGUAUACAUGGUUAUAAUUAUCUUCGCAAUAAUAAUUUCCCUUUACCAUGCUAUAACACCCUUGUUUAUCGUGUCCGUCACUUAAAACUGUCUUUUGGUGUUUUCCAUGACAUUUUUGAAACCUUACAAUUUAAAGUAAGUGAAAUGGAUCCUUCUGACAGACUAUGUUUUUUAUCAACCGAUUCAAUGGAAAUCAGCAAUCAGCUUACAUAUAAUAAAAACACUUCAGAAGUUGGUGGCUAUUGUACUCUUGGAGAUCAUGAAGCAGGAAAAACAGGAAGUAAACUUUUACUGGCUGUUAUCCGUGGCAUAAAAUCAAAAUGGAAACAAGUUAUUGGAUGUCAUAUUACAGGGACCACAGUGGAUGGACAAGCUAUGAAACAAUUUAUCGAGGAAUGUCUCUAG